UUCGAUGCAUUCUAUAUUAAUAUGGAACAAACAAUAUUUUAAGUGUGAUACAACUUUAAACUGAAUGCAGUUAAACUUGCAUGAAUUGUUGUGUCAGUUGUUUUGUUACUGUUCAUUGUCCACAAUCCAGUCAGAUACAAUCUUAUUAUUGAAUCACAAAUAUCAGACUCAAAAGAAAUAUGUGAAUAGACAAGAUAACUGUGCAUGAUAGGUUAUCAGUACUCCAGUUUCUCCGCGUCCAGACUUCUUUUCCUUUCUGUAGAUGAAGGUGCUUCAGUUCCUCCAACAGAAUCUCCUUCUCAUUGUCACCAUGUUGGCAAUCAUCUUUGGAAUUAUUGCCGGGAUGGUGUGUCGGCUAUUCGAGCCAUCUUCAGACACUGUUCAGCUUGCACAGUUUCCAGGGGAGCUCUACCUUAGAAUGCUGAGAAUGUUGAUGCUUCCUCUGAUAAUAUCCAGCAUCAUAACAGGUCUAAGCAGUGGUAGUGGAUCUUCUGCAGGCAAGAUAGGGGCACUGUCCAUGGUUUGCUAUGCAAGUACCUCUAUUCUGGCAACACUUGUUGGCUUAGCGGUGGUCGUGAUCAUCAAACCUGGGUCAUACACAGACUCGACAGCAACCUAUGUUUCACAAAAUAGUGGCAUUGUGUCCGGAAUGGAUUCCAUACUAGAUUUGUUCCGGAACUUAAUACCUGACAACAUUGUCGCAGCAACAGUUCAGCAUUCAACCACUGUGUCGGUAGCCGCGGAAGAUGAAGGAGUGCACGGCGUCAACUCCAGUGCUGAUGAAAGGAUAAAUGGUUCCAUGGAAGUAAACAACAUUCACCAUCCUAAUUCGACAAAGAGGACAGUUUUGGUUGAUGGUGAAAACGUCAUAGGUGUACUCACCUACUGCAUUGUGUUUGGUGUGACUCUCAAUAAACUUGGUCAGCGUGGAGCUGCACUGAUACAGUUCUUCUCACAGAUCAACACCGUCACCAUCUGCAUGAUCAAACUUGUCAUGUGGUACUCUCCACUUGGAGUAAUGUCCCUCAUCAUGGGCCAGAUAAUGUCCACAGCUGACAUUAUGGAGACUGGACAGACAGUUGCGGUCUACGUGGCUUCAGUGUUGUGCGGACUCGCAGUCCACAGUGUGGUGGUCCUUCCCGCCAUGUACUUCAUCCUGACCAGCCAGAACCCAUAUGUGAUAUACCUCCGAUCACUGCCUGCUCUGCUCACAGCCUUUGCCACAAGCUCUAGUGCUGCUACUCUACCUGUGACAAUGCGGUGUGUUGAGGAGAGGCUGCACAUGGACAAGAGGAUCUCAAGGGUCAUCCUCCCAGUGGGUGCAACUGUAAACAUGGAUGGUGGAGCUGUGUAUGCCGUCGUCGGCGUUGUGUUCACAGCUCAGUACAAUGGAAUAACCCUGUCAUUUGGAGACUUCUUCAUAACAUGUUUGACAGCUUUCCUGAGCAGUAUAGGAACCGCCAGCAUACCUGGGUCUGAUCUGGCCAUGCUGCUUCUUGUCCUCCGGUCGAUUGGUCUCCCAGUUGGAGGCACCUCAUUGUUGGUCUCAGUUAACUGGUUGUUGGAUCGUUUCGGCACGGCAGUGAACGUGGCCAGUGAUUGCUUGGUAAUGGGAGUUGUCUCCCGUUUCACCAAAUUACCUCCACGUGACCCAUCAGAGACACAGUUUGAGCCUGUGCAGGAGGAAGACCGGAUGGUCGCAGAUCACCUGGUAUAAGACCAGUAAAAUGUGUCUGAUAAUCAACAUUUUGUUCUCAGCAAAAGUAACUGACAUCACGAAUG